AUGGGCUUUGCUCUAAAGCUUAAUGGUAGAACAAGUCAGAAUCUUUCACAGGUUAAUUCCUCCACUGGCCGACCCGACCAGUCUGGCUGGGCUGCAACCCAUCAUAUAAACACUAUAAUUUACAGAUGACGUCAAAACUAUUAUUAAAUAUGUCAGACCAGGCUAAAUGUUAUUUAACAGUGGUUAAAUAAAUCUUUGAAAGAUAGAGAGCACCAGCUUUAAAAAAAAAUCUUAACUAUUAAAUGAUACAGUACAUCAAGAUCCUGGUUCGAAUCCAGGCUCUGUCGUAGCCGGCCGCGACCGGGAGACCCAUGGGGCGGCGCACAAUUGGCCCAGCGUCGUCCAGGGUAUGGGAGGGAAUGGCCGGCAGGGAUGUAGCUCAGUUGGUAGAGCAUGGCGUUUUGCAGCGCCAGGGUUGUGGGUUCGAUUCCCACGGGGGGCCAGUAUGAUUUUUUAAAACAAAAAAUAAUAAUAAUGUAUGCACUCACUAACUGUAAGUCGCUCUGGAUAAGAGCGUCUGCUAAAUGACUAAAAUGUAAAUGUAAAUGAAUGAUUUGAUAUUUAAACUGGUUACAGAGAUGAAACUGUGUGUGUCUAUAUCAUAAUAAUUUUGCACGUUGUUCCUAUUUGGGAGAAGAUUGCAUCACUGCAUGCCAAGACUGGUUUUCAUAAGUACCCUACUAUCCAAGUUCUCCUGUCUGCCUGUCUGCUAUGAUUCAUCCGUCUGUCACAGUCUCCUCGGGGAGAUAACCCAUUGGUACAAAUGGCUGCUACAUCUGUUGACAGUUCCCUCUCUCUCUCUCUCAGAACUCUUUAAUAAACUGCUCCUUACCCUGUCACUCUAGGAGUUAUCGCCAAUACUCUGCCAGGCGCUCCUCUCCUGCUCCUUGUGUUCCCUUUCUAAAUGCUCAUAUUGAGUUUUCCUCUCUCUCGUCCUCUGGCAGAUGACAGACAAGAGGCUCCAUUGAACCUGUCUACCGCCGGCAUUAGCAGCAUCAACAUGUCAAUAGAAAUAAAUGGAGUUGUCUACACAGGUAAAUAGAGGGACCGUUUGCUGAUGUAAUUGCAGGCAGGAAAUUCAAUAAGUUAUAGCAGCGCCCCGGCGCCUUAGUCCUCCACGCAAUUUGAUGUCUUUGCUAUAAAAUCCAAUGAAGUGGCAGAGUUAAACAAGUUAAAUAUCUUAGAAUUGGGGCUGUGGAGGGGGGUGGGGAGGGUGGAUGGGGGGAUGGGAGGAUGGAGGUGGAUGGGAGGAUUGGAGGUGGUGGAGCGUGGUGGGUGGUGACGGAUGGUGAUGGUGGUGGGUGGGUUGAUGGGAGGAUGGGCGUGGGUGGUUUGGGGGGAAAUUGGUGGAUGGGGGGGAUGAGAGGAGGGGGAUGGGUGGAUGGGGGAUGGGACGGAUGGGUGGAGGGGUGGCUGGGGUGGAGCUGGGGGGCUUGUGGGCUGGGUGUGCUGGGGUGGGUGUGAUGUGCUGGGUGGUGGGGGUGGUGGGUGGGAUGUUGUGUGGAUUGGAGGCUGGUGGGGCGGGUUGGAGCUGCUGGUUGUGGGUGCUGGGGGCUGGGUUCGGUGGUGGGCGCUGGUGGGCGGGCGGUGAGCGGUGGCUGGGUGGCUGGGUGGCUGGGCGGCUGGGCUUGGGUUGGUUGGCGGCUGUGCUGGGCGGCUCUGGGUGGCUGGUGGCUGGGUGGUGGGUGGCCUGGGCGGUGGAUGGUGGUUGGGCAGGUGGCGGUGCUGGGGGUGGCUGGGCGAUGGGUGUGGGAGGCUGGUUUGAGCGGUAGAUGGGAGGUGGAUGGGGUUUAUUGUCUUAGACGUGCCUGGGAGAGAGGCCGGGGCGGUUUAGCCUCAACGCCUCCCGCCCACCCACACACCACCUCCUAAUCUGCCUUCGAGCGAUGAGGUAAUUACCUCAAGAUAGACAGACCAGACAGUAAAGUAUAAAGCUGCUGUCUGGUUGAAGUCACCAUGAUAUUUAGUUGAGAGCAUUCCCUGUGUCUUAAACAUCAUGCUCAAUCCCAACGUAGAUCACGGUCUGCAUUUUCAUGCAGAGACUAAAAUAUUUUAGUUGUCCCACAGAUAAUAUUUUUUGGGAAACGGUUGUCUUUGUGCUUUGCAUGUGUUAGCCUACCUAUGUUGUUUUAAAAGCACCUCUUUAUUCACACUCUCAGCAUUCGCUGCUUCAAGUUGUAGUCCUCUGUAGCUCAGCUGGUAGAGCACGGCGCUUGUAACGCCAAGGUAGUGGGUUCGAUCCCCGGGACCACCCAUACACAAGAAUGUAUGCACGCAUGACUGUAAGUCGCUUUGGAUAAAAGCGUCUGCUAAAUGGCAUAUUAUUAUUAUAUUAUUAAGUUCAGUAGCCGACCUCUCCUCUCAUUUUACAUUCUAGUCAUUUAGCAGACGCUCUUAUCCAGAGCGACUUACAGGAGGAUUUAGGGUUAAGUGCCUUGCUCAAGGGCACAUCGGCAGAUUUUUCACCUAGUCAGCUCGGGGAUUAGAACCAGCGACCUUUCGGUUACUGGCACAACGCUCUUAACCACUAAGCUACCUGCCGGCCCCUCUCCUAGUUGGGCGUGUGAGAUCAAGUGCGCCUAUAUGUCUGGUCUCAUUGAAAUAGAGUAGGCUGCCUAUGCAGGAGGGAGAAUCACGUGGCAGUUAUCUUUCCAAGGAAAUUAACUUAAAUAUGAUUAGACUGUAGUUUAUUACAGCGUCUGUGAAUAAAUAUUGAUCACGGAAAGAGGCGGAGGGCGCUCAACCAACGUGAGUCGAAGUGCAAUCAAAACGUUUUAUCGUCACUGAAAAGGAAAAGGUGCAACGUGCAUAUACCGUAGUCGCACCUUUUCAAUAAAUAUUGAUGACCCAUUUACAACAUGCGUAGACCCAUUCAUCUGCCUGCAAAUCGUCCCGCUCCUAAAUGGUGUGCUAUAUGGAAAACAUAGCUCAAGAGGAAGGUUCCGCUUUCUCUCCAAUUCUGCGCCGUUCAAACUACAGCACAUCUAUUCUAUUGGCUGAUAGAGCCCAGUAAUACAGAUAUCAUAUCGUAUUGAUCAUAUAGAAAUAUCAAAACAUUCUUUCAACAACUCCAAAGCAAUUGCUUGUCUGUGGUGCAGGAACCACUGACUCACUGUCUUUGUCUCUAUCAAGACACCUGCUGGUUGACUCUUAACUGGUUAGGACAGCUCAUGGGGUCUCCUACAUAUCCGUCGACUAGGUGUGGGUCUUAUGACUAAAGAGGCAUCAUGCAUAGCUUGUAUUUUGACCCAUCAGAGUAAAAUGUCUCUAUUCUCAGCACUUACCACCAAUUUUCUACUCUGAGACACUUUGUGGAUACAAGCCCUGGCCUCACUUGUCUUAUUCAGGUUGUUUAAGUGUGACAAUGUGGUAUUUGUUAGUUAGUGAGUUGAUAUGUUACCAUAGUUUUUGUCUAAUUAUGAUAUUACAGUAAAUUGUAAAUAUUAUGAUAUUCAACUGCCCCCCAAAAAUAAACUAAAGGGAAAAACAGAUUGUAUAGACUGUAUGAUAGGACAUGUAGAAAUGUACCGUAGUAGUAGUAGUAGUAGUAGUAGUAGUAGUAGUAGUAGUAGUAGUAGUAGUAGUAGUAGUAGUAGUAGUAGUAGUAGUAGUAGUAGUAGUAGUAGUAGUAGUAGUAGUAGUAGCAGCAGUAGUAGUAGCAGUAGUAGCAUUAGCAUUAGCAUUAGCAGUAAUAUAAGUACUUUAUUAAUCCCAACUUGGGAGAUGGGUAUCACCACCUUCAAAAUGGUUUCCUCCGUCCUCUCUCCUCCCUCCCUCUCUCCUCCCUCCCUCUCCUCCCUCCCUCCUCCUCCCUCUCUCCUCCCUCCCUCUCUCCGUCCCUCCCUCUCUCCUCCCUCCCUCUCCCCCCUCUCUCCUCCUCCCUCUCUCCUCCCUCCCUCUCUCCUCCCUCCCUCUCCUCCUCCCUCUCUCCUCCCUCCCUCUCUCCUCCCUCCCUCUCUCCUCCCUCCCUCUCUCCGUCCCUCCCUCUCUCCUCCCUCCCUCUCUUCCGUCCCUCCCUCUCUCCUCCCUCCCUCUCUCCUCCCUCCCUCUCUCAUCCCCCUCCCUCUCUCCGUCCCAUCCUCUCCUCCUCCCUCCCUCUCUCCUCCCUCCCUCUCUCCUCCCUCCCUCUCCUCCUCCCUCCCUCUCUCCGUCCCUUCCCUCUCUCCGUCCCUCCCUCUCAUCCUCCCUCCCUCUCUCCUCCCCCUCCCUCUCUCCUCCCUCCCUCUCUCCGUCUCUCCAGGUGUUCUGUUUGCCAGGAAGCCCCCAAUACCCAUGAUGCUGGGUGGUCACAAGAACCAGAACCACACCUCCUCUCAGGGAAAGACCAGUCUGGGGAUGAACUCCUCCUGCAUACAGAUCCAACCGUCCUGCUCUUCCUCCUCCUCCUCCUCCACAUCCUCGGUCCACAGACACGGAAACUCCUCCCCCUGA